AUGGGAGUACAGGCAAAACACCGUGAGCCCGUGCCGCUGACUUGUGCUGCAGGGGACAACUGCGAUUGGGACCGCGGAGCCCUCCGCCGACCGCAGUUUCCUCCUAUGGCGGCUCCUCGUCGCCGUCACCGUCUGCACCGCACUUACUUUAAAUUGCGCUUCGUCUCCGAACGUCCCUUGUCUCCGAAACCCUCUCGCUCUGGCUCGCGUAUCUCGCUUGCACCCUCGCUCCUCGCCUGCGAGCCUCGUCGUCCUUUGUUCCUGCCCGUUCUAGUCCCAUCUCAUCUCUUCCAACCUGACGUCACCGUUCCCGGCCUCGCGUGUCUACGCGUGCCCCUGUCGGGCGCGCUUGCCCGACGACUUAGCGUGCUCGUUUACGUCUAA